CUCUACUUGAACACCAUAGAAGGCCUACAACCAAAUUAUAAAACUUUUUUAAGUAAAAGUGCUCAGAAAUUAUUAUGUCAUUUCAUCAAUAAGGGAAAAACAAAUUGGAGAUAGUUUUGCAAACUAUUUAGUGUCUUUCUGAUUAAAGUUAUUAAAAAUUCUGGUUAAAUUUGCGGAAUCAAAAUGCCAAACAAAGAAAUUCGAAUUGGAAAAGGAAAGGAAAAGCUUAGACCUACUAUACGUUUUAAGCAGUUGGUCCAUAGUGCUUUAAUUAAUCAACAAUCGUUGUCGGAACUAAAAGAUCAACAAAGAACAAAGAUACCGUUAUACCGCCCGAAAGUAACAGGAAUACUUACAAACAAUGAAAAAAACAUUUUGCAUAAGUAUCGAGAACUCCGAAGCGAUUCAGAAAGAGAAUCUUUGGUAAAUCUAAUGGCGCAUCUCAUUGUUUUUUCACAAAUACCCCCUAAGUUACGAGCGCGCUUGGCACCGUAUGCAUAUUUCAUAAUUCUUGGCCCGAAACGAAAAAUAAUGGAACAGGGAAGGAAGCCAGAGUCGGUUUAUUUUGUGCUUACUGGCGACAUUACUGUGACGACGAAAAAAUGGAAUUCAGUACAAAAUAAAUAUAUUGAAAGAUUGGAGUACAUUAGCGGACCCGGCGGAUGGUUAGGGGAGAUAGAUUUCCUUGAAAAUCGAAAGAGACAACAAACAUUCACCAGUAAAUUGGUUCGCUAAAGUGGGAAGCCAAAAUAUACCAAUAUCGGGUCCUAUUAUAAAGGGAAAGGCAAAGGAAAUCGCUGGUCUAUUAUGCAUUCAAAAUUUUUCUGCUUCAAACAGAUGGUUGGAUAAAUGGCGAAGGCGCCAUAUUGUGACGUUCAAAAGCGUAUAUGGGGAAUCUGCCGAUGUUAAUCCCGAGGAUGUGCAGCAAUUCAAACAAAAGUUACCAAAUAAUUUGUUAAUCUUUAGUCCAAAAGAUAUUAUAUGAAACUGGACUUUUUUUCCAUGCCUUGCCCAAUAAAACGCUUGCUUUAAAGAAAAUGCCUUAGCGGUAAGUUAUCGAAAGAAAGGCUAACUGUGCUAUCGUCUGCCAAUAUAAUCGGGGAUAAAGAAAAACCGUUAGUGAGCGGAAAUGCAGCACGCCCACGCGCUUUUAAAAAAUGCGAUAUAAAAAGCUUUCCAGUGGAAUGGAAAUCAAAUCCGAAAGCUUGGAUGUCUCGUGAAAUUUUGAGUGAGUGGCUACUAAUGCUUUAUAAAAAAUGGGCUUCCAGAAGAGGGAAAUUUUAUUAUUUUUAACCAAUGCCACGACUCACCGUCAAGAUAUUAAGCUAGAUAACAAUAAGUUGAUGUUUUUAAAAUUUAAAAUUUUAAAUGCCAUUAUAGAUGCAACAUUAUCAAGCAUAUGUUGACAAGAUUAGGAUACAUUCCAAUGGAGAGACUUUCAAAAACUUUUGACAUCUUGGAGGCUGUUUAUUUUAUUAAAUGUGCAUUAGACAACGUAACGAUAGAAACAAUUAAGAACUGUUUUUUAAAAGCCGGUUUUCAAAAAAACUCCGUGUGAAAUUUCUAGUUUCGAUGCAAAGGAUGAUAUUUCAAUAACGACGCUAACGGCUUUGAUAAAGAUUUUAAAUGAAAAUGGGCUAGAUCAGUAAUCGGAAGACUUUUUGUUAAUCGAAGACUUAAUAUAGAAGACAAUAUUAUAUUGUUAUUGACGAAAUUAAUACUGAUUAAAUGUCUGACGGAGAAACCGAAGACUUAAAUGAAGUACGUGUCUAGAAUGAAGGACAAAUUAAGUCAUAUCCUGAAGCUUUAGAGUAACUUCGUCGCCAAUACGCCAAAACUAUAGAAUGCCAUCUUGAAAACUAUUUUAUAAAACAAAAAAAGAAAAAUUGCGACAGACUACGGUAGACGAAAUUUUGUAAACCUAAAUAUAAAUUGAUAUGUACAUCAAUAUACAUAUACGGAUUAUCUUUUAAAAUAAACAUGAAA